GGAGGGGCGGCCGGGCGCCCGGGAUUCCCUGUGGAAGCGCACGGACCCCGUCUCCCAGUCUCCAGCCGUCGCAGCCCGCCGCGCGCGCCGCGCCCUCUGGUCCUCGCGGUCAGCCGGUCAAGGCCGCGCCAGGGACGAUGUACCAGAGCCUGGCGCUGGCCCCGAGCCCGGGUCAGGCCGCCUACGCGGACUCGGGCGCCUUUCUGCCCCCGCCGGGCGCGGGCUCCCCCGUGUUCGCUCCGCCGGCGCGCGUCCCUUCCAUGCUGCCCUACCUGCCUGCGUGUGAGCCAGGCCCGCAGCCCCCCGCGCUCGCCGCGCACCCCGGCUGGGCGCAGGCGGCCGCGGCGGACUCGUCUUCUUUCGGCCCCGGCAGCCCGCACCCGCCGGCCGCUCAGCCGCCCGGCGCCACCGCUUUCCCCUUUGCGCCCAGCCCCCCGGGGCCCGGCGGUGGCGGCCCAGGGGCCCGGGACGGCGGCGCCUACCAGGGCGCAAUGCUGGCUCGAGAGCAAUACCCGGCCCUGCUCGGGCGGCCGGUGGGCUCCUCGUACCCUGCUGCAUACCCAGCCUACGUGAGCACCGAUGUGGCCCCGUCUUGGACCUCUGGACCCUUGGACGGCAGCGUCCUGCACAGCCUGCAGGGCCGCCCAGCUGGGCUCCCCGGCCGCAGAACCGCCUUCGCGUCCGACUUCCUGGAGGAGUUUCCCGGUGAGGGUCGCGAGUGCGUCAACUGUGGGGCCCUGUCCACCCCGCUGUGGCGCCGGGACGGCACCGGCCACUACCUGUGCAACGCCUGCGGCCUCUACCACAAGAUGAACGGCGUCAACCGGCCACUGGUGCGGCCGCAGAAGCGCCUGUCCUCGUCCCGCCGGGCCGGCCUCUGCUGCACCAACUGCCACACCACGCACACCACGCUGUGGCGGCGCAACGCGGACGGCGAGCCGGUGUGCAACGCCUGCGGGCUCUACACGAAGCUGCACGGGGUGCCGCGGCCCCUGGCCAUGAAGAAGGAGAGCAUCCAGACACGGAAACGGAAGCCGAAGAACGUGGCCAAGACCAGGGGCUCCUCAGGGUCCACGGGGGUCACUGCAGCCUCCCCACCAACCUCUAUCCCUGACCCGGAGGUCUCAGUGGCCACUCUGAAACCCAAGCCCAGCCUGAGAUCCCCUUCACACCCCGGUCCCAGUGUCACCUCCCAGGUGUCCGGGCCGGUGGACGACCCCCUGGCCCCCAGCCACUUGGAGUUCAAAUUCGAGCAAGAGGACUUUGCCUUGCCUUCUGCAGCCCUGGGCCCCCAGCCUGGCCUCGGCGGGGCCCUGCGCCAGGAGGCCUGGUGUGCUCUGGCCUUAGCCUAGGUCUCCGGCACCCACCGAACCCACCGCGCUGCCGCUUCACCUCCAGCGCAGCAGAGAGACCUCCAGGUCCACUGCCAGAAGAGACUGGAGCCAGCCGGGCCCAGAGGCGCUGGGCGCCCCUCAACAUGGCGGCCCGAGGCCUUUUGUGCAGACGGCAGUCUGGCCCCAGAGCAGAAGGAAGGCUGGUAGGGGAAGGGCUUGAGCCCCCCCUGGACAGCAAAGGAUCCCCAGAUGUUGCGAGAGGCUCUAGACCACACCGGCCACUCCAGCCAAGGCUGACCGGGGCGCCACCACCUGCGUGAAUUCCAUUGUCAACACUCGCCAUCAUCACGUUUACAGGCUGCAGCAGUUAGACACCCCAACUUCCUGUUGUAAAACCAGGGCCACAAGUAAGAGGACUGAGGCCAAGCAGGCAGCACUGAUGAGGGGAGCAGCCAGACGUGGACUCCUCGGAGCACAGGACUGCCAGGGACAGACGUGCAGGCCGUGCACUGUACCGGGACGCCACCCCAGGGGGGAGCGUUCACAUAGUCAUCAUUGUAGACUUGUAUUUAUUUGGACAGUUAUCCCAGAGGGGGCAGUAAAGGGCCUUGUUCCGA